CACGCUUAAUGGCAAAACGUUUCUUCCGUGCUCAGUACAUAAAAAGGCAGAGCUUUGCUUGGUUGGAGAUAGAAGAGAGGGGGAGAGAGGGAGAGAUUCUCUUUUAGCUUUUGCAUUGCCAUUGUCUGUCCUGCACAAAAGACACUUCUGUUAAAGCAACCCAUCCAUCUUCCCGGCCCCAAAACAAAAACCAAAUCAAACCAAAACAACACCAGCAACAACAAAUAUCUUCUAGUCCUCUCUGUUAAUUUCCUCUCUAAAACCCAAAAGAGAAAAAAAAAAAAAAAAAUGCAGUACAUCUUCAACAUCUAUGGCAGCUAUGGCCUCCCUCUCUGCCUCUCUGGAAUCACCCAUCCUCUCACUCUCUCCAAAGAGAUGGAGGAUCAUGAUCGCAGAAGGCAGGCCAUGAAGAAGAAGAAGAAGAAGAAUAAAGCGGCGCCGAGGGGGGGAUUCCAUGCAGAUCAUGAUGAUGAGAUGGGUAAUAUGAGAAGCCAUGGCAGAGAGCUUCAAGAGAUCAGAGAGCCGGAUGUUGAGAGAGGUCUGUCUGAUCACUUGUGCUUGCCCUGUACUGCAAAAGCUGCUUAGGAAGGAUCCAUCGUUUAAAUCAAUUGUUUUUUUUUUCUCUUCAAGUGUUUCUAGACUUUCUUUUUUUUUUUUGCUUUUAUGUGGCUUUGUAAUUAAUCAUUCGGACUUCAUCCAUCCAUGAAGUCAUCUGCUUGUUCAAGUAGUUCGUUCCAAUGUGAUCUUGA